AUGUCUACCCAUGAUGAAAAACCAGUAAGAGAGGGUGAAAUUCCUUCAAAGGAGCAAGUGCCUCAAGAGGAUGAUGAAUCACCUGGAGCUGAGUACUCGGCUUUGGUCAACUACAUUCAAAAUGUUGAACUUAGAAAGGGUGAUGACGAAGCCCAAGAGGAAGACGACGUUACUUACAAACGCAAAUGGUAUGCGCCUUGGAAAAAAGUUGAAAUUAGACAACAAGGCGCAACUGUUCCUCCCGAUUGGCUUACUGCCACUCACGCUUCAGGUGGUUUAAAGUCAUCCGACGUUGAACCACGCCGUAAGCGCUUUGGUUUCAACGAAUUAGAAUCUCCAGAAGAGAAUCACUUCCUCAAAUUCCUUGGUUUCUUCAGAGGCCCUGUUCUCUACGUUAUGGAAGGUGCCGUCGCUCUUGCGGGUGGUCUUCGUGAAUGGGUCGAUUUCGGUGUCAUUAUUGGUAUUCUUCUCCUCAACGCUUUCGUCGGUUUCUAUCAAGAAAAACAAGCUGGUGAUAUUGUGGCCCAACUUAAAGCUGGUAUCGCUCUGCGUACUACCGUUGUCCGCGACGGUCAAGAGACUGAAGUCGAAGCACGCGAACUUGUUGUUGGUGAUAUCGUCGUUAUUGAAGAAGGUGCGACAAUUCCAGGUGAUUGUGAACUUCUUGCGGACUACAAGGAUAAGGAUGGCUCAAAAGCUGCCGACAUCCUUCAAAAAGUCAAGGAAGACGCAAAGAGAGAAAAAACUGACGACGACGAAGAAAAGUUCGGCAAAGGUCCAUCAAUUUUGGCCGCUGAUCAAUCCGCUAUUACUGGUGAAUCCUUAGCUGUUGACAAGUAUGUUGGUGACAUUGCUUUCUACACCACCAUCUGUAAGCGUGGUAAGGUUUAUGCACGUGUCAAGAUGAGUGCACCAAUCUCUUUCGUCGGUAAAACUGCUGCCCUUGUUUUAGGCUCGAACGACAAGGGUCACUUCGUUAAGGUCAUGAACAUUAUCGGUGGUACUCUCUUGGUUCUUGUCAUUGUCUUCUUGUUCGCUGUCUGGAUUGGUGGUUUCUUCCGUAACGUAGAGAUCGCCCAACCAAGAGACAAUAACUUACUUGUCUACACUCUUAUCUUCGCUGUCAUUGGUGUCCCAGUUGGUCUUCCAGUUGUUACCACCACUACUCUCGCCGUCGGAGCUGCUUAUCUGGCUAAGCAACAGGCCAUCGUUCAACAACUCACCUCCAUCGAGUCUCUCGCCGGUUGUGAUAUUCUCUGUUCCGAUAAGACUGGUACCCUUACAGCCAACAAACUUUCUAUUCACGAACCAUACACGGCUGAAGGUGUCGACAUGGACUGGAUGAUGUGUGUUGCUGCUCUUGCCUCAUCGCACAACGUCAAGUCUUUGGACCCUAUCGACAAGAUCACCAUUUCUACCCUUAAGGAAUACCCUCGCGCCACCGAAAUGCUUAAGACUGGAUGGAUCACCAAGGACUUUAGACCUUUCGACCCAGUGUCCAAGCGUAUUACUUCAAUUGUUGAGCGCGACGGUGUUACCUACACUUGUGCCAAGGGUGCUCCAAACUCUAUUCUCAAGAUGUGCAACUGUCCACCACAAAUUGCUCAAGCAUUCCGUGACCAAACUAUGGAGUUUGCUUCUAGAGGUUUCCGUUCCCUUGGUGUUUCAGUUCAAGAAAACAACGGUGAUUGGCAAGUUCUUGGUUUACUUCCUAUGUUCGAUCCUCCACGUCACGAUACUGCUGCCACUGUUGGUGAAGCGAUUAAGCUCGGUGUUGGUGUGAAAAUGUUGACUGGUGAUGCCGUUGCUAUCGCUAAGGAGACUUGUAAAAUGCUCGGUAUGGGCACUAAGGUUUAUGACUCUCACAGACUUAUUGGUGGUGGUUCUAUGGCAGGUUCUGAAAUGCACGACUUCAUUGAAUCCGCCGAUGGAUUUGGUGAAGUUUUCCCAGAACACAAGUACCAAAUUGUUGAGAUGCUUCAACAUCGUGGUCACUUGACGGCCAUGACUGGUGAUGGUGUUAACGAUGCCCCAGCCCUUAAAAAGGCCGAUUGUGGUAUUGCAGUCGAAGGUGCUUCAGACGCUGCUCGUUCAGCUGCUGCCGUUGUUUUCCUUGACGAAGGUCUUUCAACCAUUAUUACUGCAAUUAAGGUCGCUCGUGAAAUUUUCCACCGUAUGAAGGCUUACAUUGUUUAUCGUAUCGCUCUCUGUCUUCAUUUGGAAAUCUACCUUACACUCUCUAUCCUCAUUAUGAACGAAACUAUUCGUGCAGACUUGAUUGUCUGGAUUGCAUUGUUCGCUGAUUUAGCCACAGUCGCUGUUGCAUACGAUAAUGCCCCAUACGCACUUACUCCAGUUUCGUGGCAAUUACCAAAGAUAUGGAUCAUGUCAACUGUUCUUGGUGCAAUUCUCGCAGGUGGUACUUGGAUUCUUAGAGGUACGCUUUUCCUCAACAGCGGUGGUGUUAUCCAAAAUUGGGGUGGUAUCGAGCACAUUCUCUUCUUGGAGGUUUGUCUCACUGAGAACUGGUUGAUUUUCUUAACCAGAACCGGUGCUGGUGAAUUCAAGUGGCCAUCAUGGCAAUUGGUUGGUGCUAUUGGUGGUGUAGAUAUCCUUGCAACUCUCUUCACCCUGUUCGGUUGGUUCCACGCUGAAGAUGACAUGCACAACGGUCACACCGACAUUGUCACUGUUGUUAAGGUUUGGUGUUUCUCUAUCGCUGUUAUGGUUAUCUGUACCCUUGCGUACGUUAUCAUGAACAACUGGAAGUGGUUGGACAACCUCGGAAAGAGACAAGUUGGAAAGGUAGACAGACGCGUUGAGGACUUCAUGAACGAGUUGCAACGUAUCACUAUCGUACAUGAAAGAUCUGAUAGAGAUGUCUACAGACUCUACGGUAGAUCUCAAGGUCUUGAUUCCGACAGUUAA